AUGGCGCCAACUAUUGUUCUCGUGACUGGCGCCAACCGUGGUUUGGGCCUUGGGCUUGUAAAAGGCUUUAUCGCAAAGCCGGACUACAUUGUCGUCGCUGCGGUGCGUGAUCCCGCCCACGAAACCUCCCAAGAACUCGCCAAACUACCCACAGGCAAAGGUAGCCGUGUUAUCGUGGUCAAAUAUGAUGCUAGCAUCGAGGAGUCUGCUUUUGAAGCCGUCAAAGAGGCUGCCGAGCAGGGUAUAGAUCACCUCGAUUAUGUCGUUGCCAAUGCCGGUAUCGCCAGGAGUUAUCCCUUCGUCAAGGAUGUCAAGCGGGCUGAUAUCCUCGAGCACAUCGAGGUAAACGUGUUGAGUGUUGUGUCGCUCUACCAGGCCACGCGCAAUCUGCUCCAGAAGUCAACAGUUAAGCCCGUUUUUGCCAUCAUGGGAUCUGGAGCCGGGGCUUUGGGCCGCCAGCCACCCGUUCCUAGUGCCUCAUAUGGCGCUUCCAAGUCAAUUCUGCCCUGGUAUGGAGUUCGGAUUAACGCCGAAGACGAGUGGCUUAACACUUUCGUCUUGGAUCCUGGCUGGGUUCAGACAGAGAUGGGGAAUUCUGCCGCCAAUGACUGGGGGAUUGAAUCGGCACCGGAUACCAUUGAGAAGUCCACUAAUGGGAUGGUGCGCGUGAUCACCGAAGGAACCAAACAGCAGUAUGGUGGCAGGGUCGUUCUAUAUACUGGCGAGAUUCAGGAAUGGUAG